AAAGUUUGGUUGUCAAUUUACUUGAUUACAUUAAAGUUAAAGAUUGAUGUCAGGCUGCUAAAAUAUAUAUUAUAAUCAUUAUCAUCAUCAACAUUCACAUUCACAAUGCCUUUAAUGCCAUCACCAGAAUUUGGUUGGUCACUCAGCUCAGUGUACAGCAAUAAAAGAAAAUUACAAGAACAAGAUGAUAGCUCAGACAUGGAAUCAUGUGACCUUUCAGCAGCAUCAUCAAAACGUCAUUGCCACUCACAAAUGAACCCAGAAUCUCAUCAUAUGAACCAAGUGGAGAUCAACCAUAACUCUGAUUUUCCUAAUUUAAAUAAUAACAAUAAUAAUAUCAGUGCAGAGGAUAUUCAUGGCUGUAUGAAAGACAUUGUCACUGUUCAUCAAUCACAAUAUUUAUUAACAAAUACACCUGAAUCUCAACCUUCAUCACAGAAUGAUAUGAUAAUGGACCUAUGUGAUGAAACCUAUUCUAAUACAACAUUAGAAACUGAGGCAGAAAUAGAAUCUAUGGACAAUGAUUAUGUUCCUGAUAGUUCACAAUAUAGGCAGCCACUACACCAGCAUAAUGCACAACAUCUACAGCAAACCAAUACUAAUAAUUAUGGGGAUGAAAGCAGUCCAAAUCGUAUAAGAUCUUACUGUAAACCAACAUUAGAUUAUAUGAUGGAUUUACGACCCUAUAUAUCAGAUUAUUACUAAUAUUUUAUAGCUGAAAAUAUAAUAAAAUUGUGCUUUUAGUUUGUUGUAAACCACCCUGCCUGAUAUGUCUCAUCUUCUGUGAAAAAAAACAUUAGAUCUUUAAAUACUGACUGAUAUGAUGAAAAUGUGCUUAAAAACCACCUUGCCAAAAUAUGUCUCGUAUUGUAUGAAAAAACAUUGAUAAGUAACAGACCCUUUGAAAACUGACUGACCUCAAAUUCUACAGAUUUUGUUUUCUUAUAAACUGUUAAACUUAUCUAUUCAGCCUUGACAUUAUUUGGGGCAUCCUUUUUGGAUCGUCUUGAAGUUGAUAUGCAGCUUAAAAACUUAUUGAUUUAUAUCCUCAACUAACACAAUUUAGUAUGUAUGCUUUGUUUAGUAAUACAAGAUCUUCAAUAACUUAAUACAAAUGUGCUUGAUAUAAUAGUGCCUUAAUGCCUUGGUGACUAAUUUGAUGCAAUCUCUAAUUUUACACACAUAUCUCUAUUUUUUUAUAAUUUGUUAUAUUUGUUGUUUUAUGUUUAAAUAUUGUAAUUAUAGUUCAUAGUUUUUAAAGAGAAUUUAAACGUUGUAUUUUCAUAAUAUUGUUCAAUUGUUUCUCCGCCACACGUCAGUACGUCAGUCAACACGUCAUAUUGUUAUUGCAUUAUUUCUUAUCUCUCAAGUCAUAAACUAGUUCUUUGUAAUAGUUUGAUUUUUUAAAUAGUUUUAUAUGAUAAAUUAAAUGAAUCCACAAUUGUUUCAAUGACAACGUACUGUAGUUUCAUUCGUAUAAAUUUAAUACAUAUAAAUGUGCUUUAUUACAAAUAAAAAAUUGUUCAGUAUAGACUGUUAUUUUACAAAAAUAGCUUUAUGACUAGUACUAUAUUUGUUGAAUAAAAAUGUUUUUUCA